GAGAGAAAGAGAGAGAGAGAGAGAGAGAGAGAGAGGACUUUCCAGCGUGUGGCAGAUGGCUGGUGGAAGGGACUGAGAUGUCCUUCAUUUAAACCGGUGACAAAGUGGCGAGCAGUGGCCCAAAAACAGAUCCCAGCCAGCGCGCACAGAGCAGCCACCCGCCGGAUAAAAACAGCACGGGGAAACUAUUCGGGACGGAGCAGCUUCUGAUACACCACACAGAUAUGGGCGUCUCUUCCUCUCCGCUGAUACCGCUUUGCGUGUACCUGACGGCCGCACUGAUUGGUGGAAUCCGCGCGGAGGGGGUGUGUCUUCAAGACGGCAAGCACAAGGCCGCGCCCGGCCCCGAGCCGCACCUGACCGAGUGUGGGCUGUACGCCGAUAAUAGCUGCUGCACUGAGGAAAACAUCCAGGAUAUUGGGCAUGUCCCCUCCGUGAGCAAUAAGAAUGAGCCCUGGGACAAAUGUGGGCCUCUGAGCCCUGAGUGUGAGGGCUUUCUGAAGCGCGUGUCGUGCUUUUACCGCUGCUCCCCGGACGCGUCCCGCUGGCCUCAUCCUCACCGCCGCUCCUACAUCCAGGCCGUGCCGCUCUGCCACAGCUUCUGCCGCGAUUGGUUUGACGCCUGCAGGAUGGACAUGACGUGUGCCCGGAACUGGGCCAGAGACCCGAGGGGCCAAAACUGCACUGGAACCUGCGUCCAGUACCAGCAGGAGACUUCACAGAGGGCUGCUUUGUGGGGCGAGCGAAGGCCCUCGGGGUCACCUCAGACCGGGACGAACGGGGGGGAGCAGAAGAUGUACCAGCACGGCAGGGACCUGUGCGAGAGCCUGUGGGGGGACGCCUUCCUGACGGUUGAAGAUGACCCUCAGGAGGCGGGGGAGUCCGGGGAGCUGGGCGGGGAGGGCCGGCCCUGCGGCUGCCUGACCCUCAGCCCCUCGGACAAAGACGUGAUCGCCGCCCUGCGGGCCCAGCAGGACGACCCCGAGGAGCUGGACACCACCAAGACCGGCCUGCCCCAGUACCGAGCCCCCUGCAAGACCAAGCUGCCCGCCCCGCCCAGGGCCGGCCGGAAGGGGAACUCUGUGCUGCGCAAGCGGUCAGUGGAGAUCGAGGACGUGGAGGGCAGCGGGAGCGGCCUUUAGGAGACGACACACAACGGUUUGUUUAGAGGUACCUGUCUAGUUUCUAACACGAAAUCAAACCCCCUUUGAAAUGGAGUCGUAACCCCGCUCCUCUAUGCCUGAAGUUGCCACACAAUCUUAAGGUCACAUAUCCACCUUCGAAUAUCAGAUAGAGCCACGAUUUCAAACAAAGCUGCUCAUAGAGAGAUCGGAAAGCUUGUGCCGCUUUCAUUAAUAGCCCGAUUUGGAUUGAAUCGUCUGAAAAAUCACUAUUAAAGUCGACAAUAGUCGAGUAUAUGCAGGUAAAUAUCUGACUUCUGCAAGGGGAUCUGACUUUAUCAGUAGAUAUAUCCCACUGUUGUCGGACAGUUCGUUUUAUAAUCAACAACGAGACGUUUUUUUGGUUUUGUUUUGUUUUU